AUGCAGGCUCAAACUCUGCGCGGCAGCCGCGGCCCCCUCCUCGCCGUCCUCCGGCGGGGCUGGCAGAGGCGGGGCUUUCCGGGGCCCGCCCAGCUCGGCCAAGCUCGGGCAGGGGCGUCUUUGGCGCAGCGCGCGGAGCGAGCCGGGGAGGAGAAAGGCGCGAUGGUGGCCUCGGCGCUGGGCGCGGCCGCCUUGGGGCUGCUGCUGGCGGCGCUGCUGGGGCUGGGGCUGCAGCGCCGGCUGUGGCCGCAGGCGGGGCCCGAGCUGGCCUUCCUGCUCCGAGCGUGGCAGGGCCGGCGGCAGCUGCUGGGAGAGCCGGGCAGCCUGGCGCAGCGCUGGGGGCGCUUGGCGCGCCGGCGGGCGGAGCGCGUCUUCGUGCGCUACGAGGAGCGCAGCUUCACCUACGGCCAGGCGGAGCGGGAGAGCAACCGGGUGGCCAACGCGCUGCUGAGAGCCCGGCCCGUCGCCGGAGGCCCCCUGGUGCCCGGCCAGACGGUGGCUCUCCUGAUAGGCAACGAACCCGCUUUCGUCUGGGCCUGGAUCGGCCUCGCCAAGCUGGGCGUCCGGGCGGCUUUCCUGGGCACCGCGCUGCGGCGAGGGGCACUGCUCCACUGCCUGCGCGCUUGCGGCGCCCGGGCCCUCCUGGUGGCCCACGAUCUUUUUGAGGCGGUGGAGCCCAUCCUCCCCGACUUGGAGGAAAUGGGCAUUGUGGUCUGGGUGUUGGGGAAGGGACCCUACCCUCCCGGGGUGACGGCUCUCGAUGACCUGCUGGAGGAGUCUUCUGAGGAGCCAGUGCCCUAUGAUCUCUCCACCCCCAGUGACCUGUCGGACACCUGCCUGUACAUCUUCACCUCUGGAACCACAGGGCUUCCCAAGGCCGCUCGCAUCAGCCACAUGAAAUGCAUCCUGUGCUUAAAGUUCUAUCAACUGGUAGGUGGGACCAGCUCCGACGUGAUCUACGUGGCCCUGCCCCUCUACCACUUGGCAGGGGCUCUGCUGGGGAUCCUUGGCACCUUCGGCUUGGGCGCUACCUGCGUGCUGAAGAAGAAAUUCUCAGUCAGCCAGUUUUGGCCUGACUGCCGUCGCUACGGCGUGACGGUGUUCCAGUACAUCGGAGAGCUAUGCCGGUAUUUGGUGAACCAGCCGCAGAGUCCCCGAGACCGGGAGCACAGCUUACGCAUGGCGGUCGGCAGCGGGCUGCGUGCAGAUGUCUGGCGGGAGUUCCUCCGCCGCUUUGGGGACUUGCGGAUCGUGGAGACGUACGGCAUGACGGAGGGCAGCGUGAGCUUCUUCAACAUCACAGGGACCGUGGGCGCCGUGGGGCGGGCCUCUUGGCUUUAUAAGCGUUUGUUCCCGUUCGAGUUGCUUCGUUACGACGUCCUCCAGGGCACUCCUCUAAGAGACGAGGCUGGCCGGUGUCAGCGUGUGGCGACUGGGGAACCGGGGCUUCUGGUCGCACCUGUGACCCCAAUGACACCCUUCCUGGGAUAUGCUGGAGGGCGAGAGCUGACAGAAGCCAAGCUCCUGCGCAAUGUUUUUGCUGAGGGAGACUCCUACUUCAACACCGGUGACCUCAUGUUACGGGACGCUGACAACUUCAUCUACUUCUGGGACCGCACUGGGGACACUUUCAGGUGGAAGGGCGAGAAUGUGGCCACGACGGAAGUGAGCGAGAUCCUGGCUGCCUUGGAGAGCUUACAGGAUGUCACUGUCUAUGGUGUUACCGUGCCAGGUCACGAAGGUCGGGCGGGUAUGGCCACAGUGGUGCUGAGGCCCGGACGGGAGUUCAACGGGGCUGAGGUCUAUGUCUAUGCAGUUGAGCUUUUGCCACCAUUUGCUCGACCCCGCUUUCUGCGAAUUCAGGACCACUUGGAGAUGACGGAAACCUUCAAGCAGAAGAAAGCCUGCUUAGCGGCCGAAGGAUUUGACCCGACCCGGAUCACAGAUCCUCUCUACUUUCUGGACGAUGCUGCCAAGAUGUACGUGCCGCUGACCAAAACCAUCUGGGAGGGCAUUGUGGCGGGCGACAUCCGAUUAUAACACCCAAUCUUGCCGAUAC